CUUCAGACACCACGCCUCUCUACUGAAAACCAUAAACUUUCUCUCUUGCUCUUCCUGUUCAUAUUCCUUGAUACCGCCUUAAAAUCUAGUACAUGUCCUUCUACGUCCCCCCCAGCCAGCAGCGCACCCUGCGCGCCUGCAUGGUGUGUUCGCUCGUCCAAUUGCACAGCAAAUUUAUGCGGGAAGGUUGCCCCAAUUGCGAUGACGUUCUCGGCCUCCGUAACAACAACGACGCCAUCCAAGAAUGCACCUCGCAAGUCUUUGAAGGGUUGGUCACGGUGCGGGAUCCGGUGACUAGCUGGGUGGCGCGGUGGCAGCGGCUGGAUAGUUACGUGCCAGGGACAUACGCGGUGAAGGUGACUGGAUCGCUUCCCGACGAGAUUAUCACGAGCUUGGAGUCGGCGGGUGUCAAGUACAUUCCGAGAGAUGGAAGCACGGGCGAAGAGGAGACGUGAGGGGCUGGGUCAAGCCAGGUUCAAUUCGAUACACCACCACGACCGCAUACCCGAUACCGGAUCGACGAUCGUCGCACAUAUUUACCAGGGAUUGAGGAAUUCCCCAAUGCACGGAUAGGAGUUUAGGUCGGAUUGUUUUCUAUGUCUAGACACGGAGUUCUUAGCGGUGGUUUACCAUCAAUUCAUGAGUUUUGGGCAGAAUACACGUCCAUCCCAUCCUUCAACAUGAAUAGUCUGGGUUAGCAUGCACCAUGCAGCUACACUCAAAUACCCCAU